UUCCUCUCUCCGCUGCCACAUCCUCCGCUGACAUCAGCCCGCUCCGCCAUAUUGCACCCGAAUCCUCCUCCUGCCGCCAGCUCGUUCCCCGCUUCCUCCGCCUCCCGCAGCCCAGCCCCGCUCCCCAUGACCGCCCCCGGCCGGCCGCAGUUGCGGUGCGGGUAGGGCCGAGUGGGAGCGGCUCCCGCACCUUCAUCCCCGAGCUCCCUAAUUACCGUCGAACCCCCUUUGCUGCUGCUCAACCCCCGGCCCGGCCUGUGCCCUCCCGCAGCCAUGACGUCCCUCACUCAGCGCAGCUCGGGCCUGGUGCAGCGCCGCACCGAGGCGUCCCGCAGCGCCGCCGCCGAUAAGGAAAGGGGGGCAGGGGGAGGCCCGGAGGAUGAAGGCAGACGAGAAGAGCCGGGAGACGACGAGAAGGGGGACUCCAAGGAAACACGGCUUACCCUGAUGGAGGAGGUGCUGCUGUUGGGCCUCAAGGACCGCGAGGGUUACACAUCCUUCUGGAAUGAUUGCAUCUCCUCUGGAUUGCGUGGCUGCAUGUUAAUUGAACUUGCAUUGCGUGGUCGUCUUCAGCUAGAGGCUUGUGGAAUGAGGCGUAAAAGUCUGCUGACAAGAAAAGUGAUUUGCAAGUCUGAUGCUCCUACAGGGGAUGUUCUGCUUGAUGAAGCUCUGAAGCACAUAAAAGAGACCCAGCCUCCUGAAACAGUACAAAAUUGGAUUGAACUGCUUAGUGGUGAAACAUGGAACCCGUUAAAGUUGCACUACCAGUUACGAAAUGUCCGUGAACGGUUAGCUAAAAAUCUAGUGGAAAAAGGUGUACUGACAACAGAGAAACAGAACUUCCUUCUUUUUGACAUGACUACGCAUCCUCUCACCAACAACAACAUCAAACAGCGCCUCAUCAAGAAGGUUCAGGAGGCAGUUCUUGACAAAUGGGUGAAUGACCCGCACCGCAUGGACAAGCGUUUGCUGGCACUGGUUUAUUUAGCCCAUGCUUCAGAUGUUCUGGAGAACGCUUUUGCCCCUCUUUUGGAUGAGCAGUAUGAUUUAGCCACAAAGAGAGUGCGGCAGCUUCUGGAUUUAGACCCUGAGGUUGAAUGUAUGAAAGCCAACACAAAUGAGGUUCUGUGGGCUGUUGUAGCAGCUUUCACAAAAUAACUGCAAUCAGACUGAAGUGUUCUCUUUUCUUUCAUGUAAACCAGUUGUUUCUCUUCUAUUGACUAUUCAUAUUUUCUGUAAUUUGUACCUUCUCACAUGAUGAAUCAGCUCUUGUUUAAUGGGGAUUAUAAGUGGUGUAUUCCUUCCUUCUCUGUGCAUCUGUAUACAGGAUUCUGCUGGUACAAGAGACCUUCCUGUUUAAAACAACAACAGAAAAACGUUUUACUGCCAUAUUGGCAUUCCAUUUCCUGUUAAGUAGGAGUUAUCUGAAGUACUUUGGUUACUCUAUUUUUCAUUUUAUUGUUACUGAAGUGGUUUAAUGUGGAAAGCACCUCGAGGAAAUGUGCAUGCAAUUGGAUCACUAGUCUCAGAUGACACAGAUGUGUGCAUGCAUCAGUACUUCUACUGUACAAUUCAUAACAGAUCAAAAAGGGCCUUUUUAAAUCACCAAAGCUCUAUGUUGAAGUGUCUGUCAGGGCAUUUUACACACAGACCUUUAUUUCAGUUAUGUCUAACAAAAUUACUUUAAAAGCAGAAAUUGCAUUAAGCAGCUUCGUCAGUAGUUUUUGUGGGGAUACCCGAUAAGUUUUACUUUUCAUGUAAGUCUCUUGUGUACUUAUACUUUCAUUAGGGUGAUAGGCGAGUCACAAGGCUAGUGUAGAAAGGUCCAGUUGUUUCAUAAGCCAGUUUUAGGAUGGAAUACAUUCCAUUAUCUUGUAUAUAUAGUUCAAGUUGUAUAUUAACAACUGCCCCAUCUUAGUAUUUUGCAAGACCCGUUUAGUUGUAUGCCUGGUGCCCCUUACUUGCUGUCAAUCGUUGCCAUCUGUUGGAAAGAAAGGCCUCUUAUAAAGAGCAUGUAUGUGAAAGCGUUUUGUUUCUGGUGUCUACAGAGUUUGCCAUCCAGAUACUCUCAGUCUGUACAUUGCCUUUGAUUACUAGUGUACAGAAAGAGACCACUUUCUGUCAUGGAUAGGUGUUUGUUUUUCUUUCCCCUCCUGUGUGGAAGAGGCUUGUGACCAGCACAGUUCUCGAGUGCAGUUAUUAAUUCUGUUUGUACGCAAGUUAAUGUUUGUCUCAAUGUCAUCACCUGUUUUACAUUUGAAAAUGAAGUCAGCCCUAGCAGGUGUUGCAUGUAAGUGGUUUGCAAGUAAUGGCUGCAGUUCGGAUGAUUAAGAUUUCUGUAAUGGGACACUCAUUUUAAUUUUCAUAUACGAUUAUGCUGAUUAGCACACUAUUGUGGGGGGAAAAACAACGGCAACAAAUAUAUACAACUUAGGCUUUUUCAAGUUUAUUGCCUCUUUACCACUCCAUGUUACAUCUCCCAGUGGUUUUACAAUGUAAAUAUUAUGCAUUGAACAAAUAAGCAUUGAUUUAUAUAUUUUUUUCCUCAUAAUGCAGAUUUAUAGCGGGGCUAACAGGUGUCUAGAAACGUUAUUGGUUAAUAUUCAGAGCAAGAAUACUAGAUGGUGUAUAACUGUAGAGUUGAAAUUUAAGGGAUCUCUUAAUCUGUAUACUAGCUUUUUACCUACAGUAAAUAAACUAUGAUCUUGAAAGUGCCUGAAACAGA